GUUAACUUUUCUCGACAAUAAGGACCACAUGAGGAAAAUGUCCGUUUCGAAAUUUUCCAAAAUAAUCUUCGUAAAAUAGAAGAGCACAAUGCUAAAUACGAUAAAGGAGAAGUAUCGUACUACAUGAGAGUAAAUAAGUUCGCCGACUGGACUAAAGAAGAAUUCAAUCAAUUGUUGAUAUCUCAAAUAUCAUCAAAACCAGAUAUUGAGGAUAUUGAAGAAUUCAAAAUAAAUCCUAACUUUGUUAGUUCAGAAUCCUUUGAUUGGAGACAAAAAGGUGCAGUAACAGCGGUUAAAGAUCAAGGAACUUGCACAUCUGGCUGGGCUUUUAGUACUACGGGAGCCUUAGAAGGACAACUAGCCAUUCUCCAGAAAAACUAUAAUGAAUUGAGUGAACAAGAAUUGGUGGAUUGUGAUACUACAAAUAAUGGAUGUGUGUACGGUGAAAUGAGAUACGCUCUUAAUUAUGUUAGACAAAAUGGUAUUAUGUCGGAAGCUAGUUAUCCAUAUGAAGGUGUUUCUGGUUCUUGCAGAAAUUCGUCCAAUAAAGUAAUUUCACAAAUAUCAGGAUACGUCCGUGUCAGACAUGAAUCAGAACUCGAACAAGUUGUUGCUGGAGUCGGUCCAGUUUCUGUUGGCCUGAGUGUUAAUGACGAGUGGCAGUUAUAUGGUGGAGGUAUUUUCGAUAGCCACGAUUGUGGUCGUGAUUAUAAACAUGGCGCACUUCUCGUUGGUUAUGACCCAGAAGCUUGGAUCAUCAAGAACUCUUGGGGUACAUCUUGGGGAGAAGAAGGUUACAUUCGCUUGGUCCGUGGUAGAAACCAAUGCGGUAUUAUUGUCCAAGCUGUUUUUCCAAGAUUGUAAUUUGGUUAAAUGUCAU